GGCAUUUGUAAAUCUAAUAAGCAUUGCCAUCUCUGUCCCUGAAGAGAAAGGGAGAGAUGGGAAGCUUUGUUGAAAAUGGAGUCCCUGAUGCCAAGUCACUUGAGACUGAGAAGAAACAACAAACUGAUAUUUAUGCAGAUGGAGAUGAGAAAGAUGAGAACUUUAAUGACAACCCAAUUGAGGAAGUGAGGCUUACGGUUCCUAUCACUGAUGAUCCUUCGAUGCCAGCGUUAACCUUUCGAACAUGGGUUUUGGGGAUAAUAUCAUGUGCCUUGCUUGCCUUUGUGAACCAAUUCUUUCAAUAUCGCCAGAAUAUUCUAAAUGUUGGCCCAGUUUCAGCGCAAAUUCUUGUGCUCCCAGCAGGAAAUCUAAUGGCUGCAAUGCUUCCAACAAAACCAAUUCGCGUUCCAUUCACACCGUGGUCCUUUUCAUUGAAUCCAGGGCCCUUCAAUAUCAAAGAACAUGUGUUGAUCACAAUUUUUGCCAGCUGUGGAUCGAAUGGUGUUUAUGCAGUAAACAUAAUUACAAUUGUCAAGGCUCUGUAUCUCAGACCUCUGAAUGCAGUAGCAGCUAUGUUGCUUGUACAAACUACUCAGCUGCUAGGAUACGGGUGGGCUGGUUUAUUCAGAAAAUACCUUGUUGACUCCCCUUACAUGUGGUGGCCUAUCAACCUGGUUCAAGUCUCCCUGUUCAGAGCAUUACAUGAGACGGAAAAGAGAAUCAAGGGAGGACUAAGUAGACUACAGUUCUUCCUUCUUGUUUUCAUAUCAAGCUUCGCGUACUACACUGUGCCAGGCUAUCUUUUCCCUACACUGUCAGCUCUCUCCUUUGUAUGUUGGAUAUGGAAGAAUUCAGUAACAGCUCAACAUAUUGGUUCAGGCCUCCAAGGCUUCGGCAUUGGCUCCUUUGGCCUUGACUGGUCUACUGUCGCUUACAUGGGAAGUCCCCUAGCCUCACCCUUCUUCGCCAUUGCCAAUAUCUUUGGUGGAUUUGUUUUGUUUCUCUAUGUUCUUAUUCCCAUUGCUUAUUAUACAAAUCUUUAUGAAGCCCAGCGAUUUCCCAUAGUUUCUCCAUACACCUAUGACUCUGCUGGCCAACUUUACAAUGUUACCCGAGUCCUCAAUCAAAAAGAUUUUGAUCUUGAUCACUUUGGCUAUAAAAAUUAUAGCAAAGUCUACCUCGGUGUUGUGUUUGCCUUCAGCUAUGGAUUGAGCUUUGCAACACUACUGGCUUGUUUGUCACAUGUUGCACUCUUCGAAGGAAAAAAAAUUUGGGCAAUGUGGAAAAAAACAACUUCUGCAGUUAAAGAUCAGUUUAGUGAUGUGCACACAAGACUGAUGAAGAAAAACUACAAAGAAGUACCUCAGUGGUGGUUCCACAUUAUAUUAAUAGUGACAUUUGCUCUUUCAAUCUUUACCUGUGAAGGGUUUGGUAGACAGCUUCAACUUCCAUGGUGGGGAAUUGUGCUAGGUUGUGCCCUGGCAUUCUCUUUCACAUUACCUUUCGGUGUGAUUCAAGCCACAACUAACAUGCAACCAGGGCUAAACGUGAUUACAGAGCUGAUUAUCGGGUAUAUGUAUCCCGGUAAGCCCCUUGCAAAUGUGGCUUUCAAGACCUAUGGCUACAUCAGCAUGUCACAGGCCCUCCUUUUUCUUGGCGAUUUCAAAUUAGGUCACUAUAUGAAAAUCCCUCCCAGAUCCAUGUUCUUUGUUCAGUUAGUGGGAACUCUAGUUGCUUCAACUGUCUGCUACGGCACAGCAUGGUGGCUUCUUACAUCUAUUCCUCACAUAUGUAACAAACAUUUACUACCAAAGGGGAGUCCAUGGACAUGCCCUGGCGAUGUUCUUUUCUACAAUGCUUCAAUCAUCUGGGGAGUUGUCGGACCACUUAGAAUGUUCACAAACCAUGGUAUAUACCCACAGAUAAACUGGUUCUUCUUGAUUGGUUUACUUUCCCCAGUUCCGGUAUGGCUGCUUUCGCGCAAAUUUCCUGAAAAGAAAUGGAUCAAGUAUAUCCAUAUGCCCCUAAUCUUUGGAGGAGCAGGGGGCUUGCCAUUUAAUAAACCUGUACAUUAUUGGAGCUGGGCAGCUGUUGGAAUUUUCUUCAACUAUUUCGUUUUCAAACAGUACAAGGGAUGGUGGGCUAGACAUAACUAUAUCUUAUCGGCUGCUUUAGAUGCAGGACUUGCCUUCAUGGGUGUACUGAUCUAUUUCGCCGUUCAAUCCCAUGAUGUCUUUGGUCCAGACUGGUGGGGUCUCGAUAACGGUGACCAUUGUCCAUUGGCAGGCUGUCCUAGUGCUCCAGGGAUUGAAGUUGAAGGAUGCCCUGUGUUCUGAGGUGAAUAAGUCCCGUUACUGAAGUUAUAGCUAAGGCUGCGUGUGCAUGAAGUUUGAAAAUAACUGCAGCCCGGGCUUUACACGAGGAAGUGAAUGGAGAAGACAAAGCUGUAAAAUCUCAAUAACAAAAGAUAUCUGUAGAUUCACAUACGACAAUCAUGUUGUACAUUAACAUGUGAUCAUUUAGUUAUUGAAGUUUCAAAUCAUUUCAAAAUGCUAUGAGAAAAAAUUUGCUUUUUAA